GAGAGGAAGGAACUUCUGAAGUGGAAUGGAUGGGGGUAUAAUGACUCCAAAUUCAUCUUUAAUAAGAAGGGUCAAGCAGAAUUCACAGGGAAAAGGUACAGAUUAGGUGGUAUGGUAUUACCAACUUUUAAGGAAUGGAUAGAAAAAACCUUUGGAGCAAGUCUGGAGCACAAAACUACCUCUAGAGCAUCCUUAAAUGUUAAUGAUGUACCUCCAUCCAUUGUAAAUGAAGAAUUUCUUCAGGAUCUUAGAGCCACUAAAAUUUCAUAUUCACAGGAUGCAGAAGAUAGGGUAUUCAGAGCUCAUGGUCACUGCCUACAUGAGAUAUUUGUACUCAGGGAAGGAAUGUUUAAGCGAAUUCCUGAUAUAGUUGUAUGGCCUGUUUGCCAUGAAGAUGUAGUUAAAAUUGUGGAAUUAGCCUGCAAACACAAUCUCUGCAUAAUACCGUUUGGUGGAGGAACGAGUGUCUCUAGUGCCCUUGAAUGUCCGGAAGAAGAAAAAAGAACAAUUGUCUCACUGGAUACAUCACAAAUGAAUCGGAUUCUCUGGAUAGAUGAGAAAAACUUAACAGCUUGUGUGGAAGCUGGCAUUGUUGGACAAGAUCUGGAAAAACAGCUUGCUGAAAGUGGCUUCUGUACAGGCCAUGAACCAGACUCCAUGGAGUUCAGCUCACUAGGAGGAUGGGUAGCAACACGAGCAUCAGGCAUGAAAAAAAACAUCUAUGGAAACAUUGAAGAUCUGGUGAUUCAUAUAAAAAUGGUAACUCCUAGAGGAAUAUUGGAAAAAAACUGUCAAGUACCUCGCAUGUCAACAGGACCUGAUAUCCAUCACUUCAUUAUGGGAUCUGAAGGAACUCUUGGAGUGAUUACUGAAGUUACGAUAAAGAUUCGCCCAGUCCCUGAAUACCAGAAGUAUGGCUCUGUGGUCUUCCCCAACUUUGAACGCGGGGUGGCCUGCUUAAGGGAAGUGGCAAAGCAGAGGUGUGCUCCUGCAUCAAUUCGCCUUGUCGACAAUGCACAGUUUCAGUUUGGUCAUGCUCUUAAACCACAAGUUGCUUCCAUUUUUACAUCAUUUUUGGAUGGACUGAAAAAAUUCUACAUCACAAAGUUUAAAGGAUUUGAUCCCAACAUACUGUGUGUAGCUACAUUGCUUUUUGAGGGUGACAGAGAGAAGGUUCUUCAGCAUGAAAAGCAAGUCUAUGAUAUUGCCACCAAGUUUGGUGGCUUGGCAGCAGGAGAAGAUAAUGGACAGAGAGGAUAUAUGCUGACGUUUGUCAUCGCUUACCUUCGGGACCUGGGCUUGGAUUACUACGUAAUAGGAGAAUCAUUUGAGACAUCUGUUCCUUGGGAUAGGGUUUUGGACCUUUGUAGGAAUGUAAAGGAAAGGAUAGUAAGAGAAUGCAAAGAAAAGGGUGUUCAGUUUGCUCCUCUUUCUACCUGCAGGGUGACACAGACUUACGAUGCAGGUGCAUGUGUCUACUUCUACUUUGCCUUUAACUACAGAGGAAUUAGUGAUCCUAUUCAUGUCUAUGAACAAAUUGAGAGGGCUGCUAGAGAAGAAAUACUUGCCAAUGGAGGAAGUCUGUCACAUCACCAUGGAGUAGGCAAAUUGCGGAAACGAUGGAUGAAGGAGAGCAUCUCUGAUGUUGGCCUGGGAAUGCUGAGAUCUGUUAAAGAAUAUGUGGACCCCAAUAACAUCUUUGGAAACAAAAAUCUUUUAUAAAGCCCUGCACAACAUGAUGUACUAAAACUUCUUCAAAAUUACUGUUGAAAUUCCUCCACUUUCAUUGUAUUGAUAUCCCAGUAAUCAAAUAUGACAUAGACUAAACUUUAAAAACUAGUAACUUACAUUGAUUUUUUUUUUGCCACUCCUUUCCCCCUCCCCCCAAUAAAGUGUACACAUCACUGUUAAUGUUUAUGGAUUUUUACUUACAAUGCUCUUACACUUUGUGCCCAGUGGGUUGUUUAUUACCAACCAGGAAAUGCAAAUUUGGUUUUCCCAGUUUGGUUAGGCAGCACAGCUGACAGUAUUUUCAAUGCUGGAUACUGCCAGAUGUUUCUUACUAAAGCAUCCCCUGCAAGGAGAACAAAGACUGACAACAGUGUUUUCUACAGACGCAGCUGCUCAACCCAGCCUCUUGCUAAAGGAAAGCUGCCAGGAGACAGAUGAGAGAACA